AUGUCUGAUGCUGAAACAUCUACAGGGAAUGGAGAAAUGAAUAGUUUUACAGAAGAGUCAAUGACAGAAACAGAAGAUAACAUAAAUGAUAGAGAUUUUAAUUUAUCAGAUGAUGAAAGUGAGACUGAUAGAGAUACAGAAACAUUGCAUACAACAAAGCGCCAACAAACUAAAACAAAAAAAUCUACUAAGAUGUUGGAUCCUGCUUUUUAUGAGUUAAGAAGAUCAGAAAGAACACGUACAGAACCAGUACGUCAAACUAUUGAUUUUUCAGAUGAUCAUUCUUCAGAUGAUUAUGAUUCAACUUCUAGAAAGAAACGUAGAAAAAAUAAUUCAAAAUCAUACUCUGUUCAGUCUUCUAUUGAUUCAUAUGAUGAAAGUGAUUUUAAUGAUAAACCCCGAAAAAAAAAGCAGAAUGCACUAUUUUUGAAAGAUGAAUUAAGGUUUUCUAGUAGAAAUUUAAAAACUCGUAAUUAUAAUGAAGAUUUCAUGGAUGAUGAUCUUGAUUUUACUAAUGACGAUGAAAAUGAUUAUGUUUAUUCAAGAAGUUCUGAAUCAAAAUCCUUAGAAACUCAAGAUAGUAUUGAGGCGGUACUUGAUCAUCGUCAAGUUUCUAAACAAGAUGCUGAUGAGUCUAAUGAUGAAUAUAUUCUAGAAUAUCUUAUUAAAUGGCAGAAUCGUUCUCAUCUUCAUAACACAUGGAAAACAUAUGAUGAAUUAAAAAAGUCUAGAGGAUGGAAGAAAGUAGAUAAUUAUAUCAAGCAGUAUAUCGAUUUAGAUAAACAAAUAAGAGAAAAUCCAACAACAACGGCUGAACAUAUUGAAGCUAUGGAUAUUGAAAGUGAAAGACAUAGAAAUGUUUUGAUAGAGUAUCAAACUGUCGAUAGAAUUAUUUCUUCAAAAAUUGUUAAAAGUUGUGAAUUCGAUAAGCAUCCUCAUACUGAGUAUUUUUGUAAAUGGAAACAACUUUAUUAUGAUUCAUGUACAUGGGAAUGUGCAUCAACUGUUUCUAAUGCACAAGAUCAAAUCGAUAAAUACUUAAACAGAUCACUAAGCCCCAUUCUUCCUCAUAAAAGUGUUUCAUAUGGCUCUUCUCGACCAAAAUUUAAAAAGCUUGAUGUUCAGCCUGAUUAUAUUAAAAAUGGUGAAUUAAGAGACUUUCAACUAACAGGUGUAAAUUGGAUGGCAUAUUUGUGGUCAAAAAAUGAAAAUGGUAUUUUAGCAGAUGAGAUGGGAUUGGGGAAAACAGCACAAACUGUUUCAUUCUUAUCAUAUCUUGUACAUACUUUACAUAUUCAUGGUCCAUUUUUGAUAGUAGUACCGUUAUCAACUAUCCCUGCAUGGCAAGAAAAUUUAGAGACAUGGGCAACAGAUUUAAAUAGUAUAAUAUAUAUAGGAAACUCAAAGGCUAGAAAAACAAUCCAAGAAUAUGAAUUUUAUAUCGAUGGAAAUUCUAAAAAAUUAAAAUUCAAUAUUUUAAUUACUACUUAUGAAUAUAUACUUAAAGAUAGAUACGAAUUGAAUCAAAUAAAAUGGCAGUAUAUGGCUGUAGAUGAAGCACAUAGGCUUAAAAAUAGUGAAUCACAGUUAUAUGAAUCUCUUAAAGACUUCAAAACCGUAAAUCGCCUUUUGAUCACUGGAACACCUUUACAAAAUAAUAUUAAGGAAUUGGCUGCUUUAAUUGAUUUUUUAAUGCCUAAGAGAUUUGAAAUUGAUCGAGAAUUAAAUUUUGAAACACCUAAUGCUGAGCAAGAGGCUUAUAUUAGAGAUCUGCACAAAAGAUUACAGCCUUAUAUUCUUCGCAGAUUAAAAAAAGAUGUAGAAAAGUCUCUUCCAUCUAAAUCAGAAAGAAUCUUAAGAGUUGAAUUAUCUGAAUUACAGACUCAUUGGUAUAAAAAUAUUUUAACACGUAAUUAUAGGGCUUUGAGUAUGUCUACUGGGAAUAGUCAGCUAAAUUUGUUAAAUAUUGUAAUUGAAUUAAAAAAAGCUAGUAAUCAUCCUUACCUUUUUCCUAAUGCUGAAGAAAAUUGGCUAAAUAAUAUUGGGUCAAAAAAGACUCGUGAGGAUAUUUUAAGAGGGAUAGUAAUAAAUAGCGGAAAAAUGAUUUUACUUGAUAAACUUCUUACUCGACUAAAAAGAGAUGGACAUCGAGUUUUAAUAUUUAGUCAAAUGGUUCGCAUGUUGGAUAUUAUAGGUGAUUACCUGGUUUUACGUGGUCUUCCUUUUCAACGCUUGGAUGGAACAAUAUCUGCUCCUAUUAGGAAGGCAUCUAUCGAGCAUUUCAAUGCCGCUGGUAGCCCUGAUUUUGUAUUUUUAUUAAGUACUAGAGCAGGAGGUCUUGGAAUAAAUCUUAUGACUGCAGAUACAGUAAUUAUUUUUGAUUCAGAUUGGAAUCCUCAAGCAGAUUUGCAAGCAAUGGCUAGAGCACAUAGAAUUGGACAAAAGUCUCAUGUUAUGGUUUAUAGAUUUGUUUCUAAAGAUACAGUAGAAGAAGAUAUAUUAGAACGAGCUAGAAGAAAGAUGAUUUUAGAGUAUGCAAUUAUUUCUUUAGGUAUUACAGAUAAAUCAAGCUCAGGAAAAUCAAAUAAAUUUACUGCACAAGAACUAAGUGCUAUUCUCAAAUUUGGUGCAUCAAAUAUGUUUAAAGAUAAUGACAAUCAAAAACGCUUAGAAGAUAUGAAUUUAGAUGAUGUAUUAGAGCAUGCUGAAAAUCAUGAUAUUGGACAAGAUGUAGGUGGAGCAAGUAUGGGAGGAGAAGAGUUCUUGAAACAGUUUGAAAUUACUGAUUGUAGGACUGAUAUUACUUGGGAAGACAUAAUUCCUGAAGAAGAACGUAAUAGAAUCGAAGCCGAAGAAAAGCUAAGGCAGGAUGAAGAGUUUUUGCAAAAACAGAUAUCUAUGAAUAGCAAAAGAAUGGUAAAACAUCCUGAAAAUAACAUGGUUAAAGAUACUAUUCCAAAUAAGAAGUUGAAAAAAGUUGAUCCAAAAUUGAGACAAUUAAGUGAAAAAGAGAUUCGUAAUCUUUAUAGAGCUAUUUUAAAAUUUGGCUCUCCAUUAGACCGAUGGGAAGAAGUUAUUAAAGAAUCAGAUUUACCGAGUCAAAUGCCUCCUGAAAAAAUACGAUCAGUUGUUCAAGAGCUAUUUAAAUCUUGUAAGCAAGCUAUAAUUAAUCAAGAAAUGGAAAAUAAAGAAGCUGAUAACAAUUUAUCUUCUAAUCAGAAUUUAAAACAAAAAAAGGCACUUCUUAUAGAAUUUAAGGGUGUUAAAAAUAUUAAUGCAGAAACAGUAAUGCAAAGAGCCAAAGAUUUGCGUUUUGUACAUCAACUGGUUAAAGGAGCUGAUCCAAAAAAAUUUCGUAUUCCAGGACAAGUAAAACCAGUUCAUGGAUGGUCUUGUCAAUGGGGAGAACGAGAAGAUGCUAUGAUGCUAAUUGGGAUUAACAAACACGGAUUUGGUUCUUGGGCUUCUAUAAAAGACGAUCCUGAUUUGGAUAUGCAUGAUAAAAUAUUUUUAGAUGACGAUAGAACAGAAAAAGAUGACCACAAAGAAGGAAAAGAAGAGAAAGAACGUAAAGAAGGAAAAGAAAUAAAAGAUUCAAAAUUAAUUCCUGGUCCUUCACAUCUUGUAAGACGUGGUGAGUAUUUAUUAAAUCUUGCACGUGAAAUUUUAGAUGUAAAAGUAUCAAAUUCUUCAAAUAAUAUAUUAUUAGCAGAAAAAAAACCUCAUAAUACAUUAUCGAAUAACUCGCAUACAAAAAAAGCAAAAAGUAGUCAUAAUUCUCAAUUACAAACACUAACACAUCAUUCAAAACCUAAAAAUAUUAAUCAUGACUCUUUAUCUACUAAACAAGUAUCUAAAAUAAGAAAAUCAAAAAGAAUAAAAACAGAAGAUAAUACAAAUACUGUGGAAAAGGAAGAUUUUGAUGGGGAAAGUGAAUGUUCUAGUAUGGAUGAGGAUGAUUGCAAAAGAAUAUUACAUCCUGUUCGGAAACAGUUGAAAACGUUGAAAAAAGAUAAAUAUAUUGAUCGAUCAAAACUUGCAAUGAUUUUGAAAGAAUGUUUAACUACUGUUGGUGAUUUUAUUGAAACGACAGUAGCAUCUCGAUCUGAAGCUGAUAAAGAUCGUCUUAAGAAACACUUAUGGUAG